CUCACACUGUAAACAAACUCUCUUACUCUCCGUAGUCUCCGACGGCCGCUUCUCCCUGUUCUCUACGUCCUCAGAUGCGAAUAUAUUCGUGCUGAUCUACCAUAAUCCCCCAGACCCUAGAUCCCUAUCCAGUUCCCUUCCCAAAAGGAAUGGCUCCACGGAAAGCUGGAGAGCGCGACAUGCUGGAGUCCUUUUACUCUGUAAUCGCCCUCGUCUUCAUUCUUGUAGCCUGCGUCGAGCUCUGCGACGCCGCCACCGUCGUCGAUGUCUACCGUCUUAUCCAGUACGAUAUCUCCGGCGUCCCAUUCGGAUCUCGCCUCGCCGCCCUAAACCACCACGCCGGCUCUCUUCAAUUCGCUCCCGGCGCCGAUCUCUCCCGCACGGUCGUCAUCAUCCCCGUCCGCGAGCUCAACAUGUCCUUCGUCAAAGAAUAUAUAGUUCAAAGACAGCCUCUGGGGGGCUUAUUGUUUUUGCUUCCCCAGAUGUUUAAUUUUGAUAAUAGAGAUGGCAUGGGGAUUUAUCAUCAGAAUCAUGGAAAAGAGCUGUUGCGCAAUGUUAUGGUAGAACUCGAGCAGUUACUUAUACAUGCCAACAUUCCUUAUCCUGUGUAUUUUGCUUUUGAGGACAGUGAUAUUGAUGCUGUUUUGGCUGAUAUCAACAAGAAUGAUGCCAUUGGUCAGCCUGCUACAGCAACUACUGGCGGAUUCAAGCUUGUUGUCUCAGCACCAGAACCUAAGAAACUGGCUUUGCCCACCAUCACAAACAUUCAGGGUUGGUUGCCAGGACUGAAAUCCGAUGGAGAUGCAAGUCAACUCCCAACCAUUGCUAUUGUAGCAUCAUACGAUACAUUUGGGGCUGCUCCUGCAUUGUCAGUGGGAAGUGAUAGCAAUGGAAGUGGCAUUGUCGCACUUCUUGAAAUAGCUAGGUUAUUCUCUCUUCUUUAUUCAAAUCCUAAGACAAGAGGAAGGUAUAAUUUACUUUUUGGGUUAACAUCUGGAGGACCUUACAACUACAAUGGAACUCAAAAGUGGCUUCGAAGCCUCGAUCAACGUUUACGUGAGAGUAUUGACUAUGCAAUUUGCUUAAAUAGCAUUGGUUCAUGGGAUAAUGAAUUAUGGAUUCAUGUAUCUAAGCCUCCAGAAAAUGCCUACAUAAAGCAAAUAUUUGAAGGUUUCUCUAAUGUAGCAGAAGAGUUGGGCUUCAAAGUGGGUCUGAAGCACAAGAAGAUAAAUAUUUCAAAUCCUCGAGUAGCUUGGGAGCACGAACAGUUUUCAAGGCUUAGAGUUACUGCUGCCACCUUAUCGGAACUCUUUACUGCACCUGAACUGAUGGAAAGGACUGGAGGCUUUGUUGAUAGCAGACAUUUCGUAAAUGAAACUGCAAUUAUCAGAAGCAUCAAGUUAGUUGCAGAGAGUCUGGCGAGGCACGUCUAUGGCCAUCAGGGAAAGAAUAUCCAAAUCUUCUCAGACAAAAGUAGUUUGGCUGUGAAUCCUUCCUAUAUACAAUUGUGGCUGGAUCUUUUGUCAAGGACACCUAGAGUAGCACCAUUCCUCUCAAAGAAUGACCCACUUGUCAUGGCAUUAAAAAAGGAAUUAGAAGAUCAUACAGCUGAGGUGAAUGUGCAACAUGAAUUACUCGAUGGAAUGUUCACUUUCUAUGAUUUGACCAAAGCUAGACUAAACAUAUAUCAGGUAGCUAGCGUAACAUUCGACUUGCUGUUGCUUCUAGUGUUGGGUUCAUAUCUGAUAGUACUGUUCAGUUUUCUUGUCAUCACUACCAGGGGUCUUGACGAACUAUUCAGUCUAUUUCGACGACCUCCCUCUCGCAAAGUCAAAACUGCUUAGAUGACUGACGACAGGAUUUAGUACCGACCUUUUUCAUUGGCUGUAUUAUUUUUCCAUGUAGCUUUAGAUUGAAAUUACAACCGAGGGUUGGUGAUCUUCUGUUAAUUAAUUGAGUGUCACGAGGAAGCUAAGCUCCUAAUUUAUCAUAUGAAUGAUAAAAUGAGAAUCAUUGUUGUGCGAGAAAAAGUUUUGGAGAUCAUUAAUUUUGUUUAA